GGGGCGGGCGGCCAUGGCGGCGCUGCUGGCGCUGGAGCUGCGGGUGGAGGCGGUGCGGGUGUCGGCGCCGGGCCCCGCGCUCCGCCCGGCCGUGGCGCUGCGCCUGCUGGACUUCCCCACGCUCCUGCUGCGCCCCGCCGCCGCCGCGCCGCCCCUGCGGCCCGGCCGGGUCUUCCCUUUCGGCCGCGGCAAGCGCUGCGUGUUCCGCUGGAGCCGGGGCUCGCUGCAGGCCGCGCUUCGCCGCCAGCCGCUCCGCGCCCUGCUGCUGGCGCUGCCCGCCGGCUCCGCCCCGCAGCCCCCGCGCCUCCUCGGCAGCUGCAGCGUCCCCCUGGCCCUCGCUGCCGCGGAGCUGCUGCAGCGGCCCGGGGCGCCUGCCUCCUGCGGCCGCCGCGGCUGCUUCCUGCUGCGGGACUCUGCGGGCCGGCCCGUCGGGGAGCUGAUCCUGGGCUACCGCCUCAGCAGGCUGGAGGCUGGUGAGGAGACGCCCACCCCGACCCCCGCCGGCCCCCGCGCGGCCCCGCCGCCUGCCGAGCCGCCUGCCGCCCCCCCUGAGCCGGGGAGCGAGGAGGAGGACGACGGGGAGGAGCUGGGGGGCAACAUCUUCUGCCCUCCCGUGCUGUAUUACAGCCCUGAGCCUGCUGGGCCUCGUCUGCCUCCAGCGGCAGCGGCCACGGGGAAGUGGCAGCGUGUCGAGGCCUGGAGACCACAGGAGAAAGACGAGGGCCAGAGCCCCCCACGCCCCAGCGCUGGGCCCUCGCUCCUGCACCGCGCCAGCCCUCAACAGCUCCACAGCACCCUGGGGCAGCUGCCGCUACUUAGCGCCCUGCUGGCGGAGCUGUCGGUGGUCACCCACAGCGCUGUGCCUGCUGCUGUCCACCCUCAUCUGGCCUGGCUCUACCAGGCCCCGGGGGGUGGUGGCAUGGCUGCACAGCCCCCCAGCCACUCUGCCCUGAAGCCUGUGCAGGCAGCAGUGGAGCCAGGUGGGAACAGUGGAGCUGCCAGCCCUCAGUUCAAGAAAGGUUUACAAGAGGCCACCUCACCAGGACCUUCUUGGGCUGGGAAAGAACGUAAGAAAGCUGUAGCCCAGGAAGAGACAGAGUUUGAAAGGCCCUGCAAAGCUAAAGAAAACAGACCACCCAGAAGGAAACUGUUGUAUGGCCUAACAAAUACACUGAGGCUACGGCUGCAGAAGACCAACCCUGAUAAGCUGGUAAUUCAUGAAAGGAGAGAGCAGUACAGGAAGAAGCAAAUGGAGAUGCUGAAGAAAAGUCCUUUAUCCAAAAGAAAGCUUCACAGAAACUCUGGAGAACAGAAUGUGGAUUCUUACAGGCAUUGUAGCAAGAGAGACAAUUCUGAGCAGAAUAAUCAGUUUCAUAAAGCUACUGAGACUCCCUUACAAAACGGUGCUCUCAGAGAGUACAUUUCCAUGACAGAUGUGUCCUCUGACCUGCAGAAACAGGCUACUGAAAGUCUAGGAAAGAAUGAUGAAAUUGUAAGCAAGGAAUGUCCAUAUCAAGUAACUACAGCCCCCUUUGUGGAUGAAUCUGUAUUAAAAUCUGCUCAGAAGGAAAAGUAUGGAAAAACCAUUCUCUCAGCAGCUUUUCCAUCAGAUGCUAAUGCAAAGGGAAGUAACGAGGAAGGAUUAAAAAACAUGGUGCAUGAUGAUGUGUCUGUUGUGAGCAAUCAUAAACCAAGCCCCAGCAGGAGUGCUGAAAACAGCUCUGAAUUCAAAUACUCUGAUGACUUCAUUGCUAGUCCUGAGAACACAGUUUAUUCAGAUGAUUUCACCAGUGCUGAGUGUACAGGCAAAGAAUCAGAAGCUCUUGACAACAAUCCUGAAUGUCUGUGGCUUGAAAGCCCAAGACGAGGUUGGUCAGAAUCAGAGCCUGAAUCCACCAGGUCCAGAAUUUCAAAGAUAAGUCAAAGAGCUGAAAGUACUUCCGAUCUUUUGCCCAUUCCUUCAGCUUCAUCUCCAGUCCAGUCUUUAAAGAGAAACCAUGACUUAAAAAGCACCAAGAGAACUAGUGAAUCUGUUGAUUCACUUAACCUUGCUCAAAUAGAGGAAUCGUUAGUAGAUGAAGAGCAGGAAGCCCAACAGAUCAGUAAGGAAAAGAGCAGGGGUGAUCAGCACAUUGAACAAGUAUCUACACUGAGAAGCAAACAAAUUAGCUCUGAUACUGGUCUGAAUGUAGGAAAGGGGCAGACCUCUGCAGGAAAAAGCCAGCCAGUAACUCCAGUUAGCUCUUACUUGCCAUCUGACGUGUCUGAUCUUGAACUUGGUGUCCUGGAAAACAGUAUGUCAGACAAAGAGGAUGAUUUUCUGGGAAAACUCUGUGUUCCUAAUCAAUACAAAGACAUCAGUGAACUUGUAAUAAGCAAGCUUCCGGGAUACACAAUGUAAUUAAAAGUUCUCACUGUCUGAUUUAAGAUAAGAUAUUUAAACUUUAUAAGGCCUGUUACAUUUAGCUACAAUAUAUACAAGUUAAUUUAAGCCUUUAUCAUGCACAUGUAAGACAUUGGUAAAUUUACUUUAGAGUUUUUAAAAAUAAAGUGCUAUUUUAAU